UUAAACCAAUCAAUUGUAUCAAGUGAUGAUUUUUUUCUUGCAAAAAGCAUCAUUCCAACUCUGAUGAAAAUCGUUCCAACAUCAUAAUCACAACAAUAAACAAUUUGAAUGGAAACAAAAUUAGACAAAAUUUUUGUUGAAAAGUGAAACUGAAAAAAGUGUCAUCAAAGUGCAAACCUUGUCAUGUUUAACAAUUGAAAUCAUUGACUAAUCAUCACCAUUAACCAUGGAUUUAACUUCAUUACAAGCAAUCAAUGGAAGUGAUUCAAUCGGGUUCAACUUCAACAACCUGGAAAGUCCAAUAGCUUAUAAUCACUACAGAGAUGAAUGCAGUCUCAGGCCGUGUGGACCAGAGGCAGGCUGCUUAAACACAAACCAGGGCCAUCAAUGCAUUUGUACCCACGACUUGCGUCCCGAAGACCCUAUCUUAGGAUGUGACCGAGGCAAACAAGCCAAAACUGUAAUAGAUACUGAUCACGUUGACCAUUCUUCCUUGCCUGCUCUUCCAAUUUCACCGAUCAAUCGUAAUCAUGAAACAAUUGAUGGCCACACCAAGCAAACCGAGCCAUUCUGGAAAAGUGAUCAGGAAUCUGCCAAUUUAACUCACUCGAAACAGUUGAGUAACAAUAAAGUAUUCAACAGCCUUUUGUUUCCAACAAUAUUUUGUCUCUUGUCGUUUGCCUUGCUCAUCGGAAUGUUUAUGGUUCUCCGACGUUACAAUGUGAUAUCAAAGUUGCGUUCAAGACGUAAGCUCAGCCCAGAUCCGUCAAAAGGGUCACUGGCCCGUUGUAUACAACAAUAUGUAAUUAACCCAAACUAUUAUUCAAGUUCACCUGAUGCAUCGUUUAGAAAAAUUCUUAGAAACAUUGAAAUUCCAUCGAAUCAAAUUCGUUACCUGGAAGAGAUUGGUGAAGGCUGUUUUGGUCGUGUUUAUAAAGGUGAAUACCAACCUACCGAAGAUCAAGUCAUUCAAGUGGCAAUAAAAAUAUUAAAAGAAGGAGUUUCAAAUGAACUUCGCAACGAUUUUGAAAGGGAAGUUGAAAUAUUGUCCAACUUUCGUCAUCCCAACAUUGUUAAACUAAUUGGUGUUACCAAUGAAGAGGUUACACCUUCCAUGGUUUUUGAAUACAUGGCACUGGGUGAUUUAACUGAAAUCCUGCGAAAAUGUGAUCCCAGAAAAUUGAAGCAUAAAAAUGUCGACUCACCUUGUUCAUCGACAACCGGAACAAUACUAUCAACUACAGACGAAAGUGAAAUUAAACCUUUAUACGAGGGUGAUUUGAUAUGGAUUGCCACUCAAAUAGCUGCUGGAAUGCUUUACCUUUCCUCUCAGCAUUUUGUCCAUCGAGAUUUGGCCACACGAAACUGCCUUGUUACCCACAAUUUGACGGUCAAAAUAUCCGACUUUGGCCUCUCUAGAGACAUUUACACUUGCGACUAUUACAAGGUAAAUGGAACGAAAAUGCUUCCAAUUCGUUGGAUGUCACCUGAGAGCAUAAUCUAUGGUAAAUACACUUUAGAAUCUGAUGUUUGGUCAUUCGGUGUUGUCCUUUGGGAGAUUUUUGCUUUUGGUAAGCAACCUUAUUAUGGACAUUCAAAUGACGAGGUUAUCAGGUUGAUUCUUCAAGGAAUCCUGUUGAUUCCACCAGAAGACUGUCCUGAAUUUAUAUACAAGUUGAUGGCUGGCUGUUGGAAAACUGAGCCAAAAGAUCGACUCAAUUUUAAUACAAUUUACAAGGAAUUAAUUACCAACUGUUCACCUGAUAGACAGAGGAUAAUGGACGAGAUUGAGAAGCAAGAGUCGGAAGAAGAAAGUGAAACGGCCGAUGAAAUCGUCAACAUAGAGAAUUACUUGAUGCCUGAAGAUUUGGUGGAAAUCGUGUAAACUGAUAGCCCAAGCUUGUAACUGUCCAUUGGGACGAAAAACUGAUUCGAUAUAAACUGAUUUUCUCCCCUGAAUCUCUUUCCAUUUUUACGAUUCAUUAUUUUCCAUUUCUCAUUUUCCAAAAUCAAUAGAAUUCAUUCCAUCAUUCAUUCAAAUGUCUGUUCUUCCUUUAAGUUUCAAUCGAUUAGCAUGCAAAAGAAGAAAAGAAAUCACUUUAAAAUCAAUUUAGAAUAAACCUAACAAAGUAUUCAUAAAAUGAUAAAUUGUAACAUUUGUUGAAAAGUCUCUAAGAUUCUUCAUAUACUUGUAACUCAAAUAAAGUUUUUAUCUUAACUAAAA